AUGUCAUCGUUUAUGGACACUUUUCUGAAGAGGGAACUUUCCCUGCGACAGGAGGAGGAUUUGCAGAUCCAACACGCUCAUCGCUCUCUAGGGCCAAAGCCACAGGAUAAACAUGCCGCUAGAUCCAUUCUAGUCAACUUUCAAAGAUUUGAUAUGAAGGACAAAGUGUUACGUGCAGCCUGGGCGAAGAAGAUCAUCUUUGACAGUAAAGUUAUUACGUUUGCCAAUGACAUGCCCACGGAGAUAAACAAUAAAAUGAAGGAAUACAAGGACAUUAAGAAGUCCCUUAAAGAAGCAAAGAUACGCUUUCAGACACCGUAUCCUGCGAAACUGAGAGUCCAUUUGGAGGACGGCCCACGCGUGUACAAGACAGCGAAAGAGGCGGCGGAGGACGCAAGGAAGAGGGGCCUUUCUGUGGAGAUCCCCCGCUCUUCGGAUACGGACUGA